AUCAAUUAUGCAGGGCAGCCGCGCUGGGCAGCAGGAGAGCAGCAACAACAUGGCGACAGCCGCAGUUACUCCUCGCUCUUUUCUACACCUGCACUGCACUGGCAACUGUCCGGAUCUCUGUUAAUGCGCGAAAAACUGGACCUCCUGAAUGGAAAACAAAUAAAAGGGAAAUAGCUGCAGGAUGAAAAUAUGGCCGCACCCCUUCUUGCACCCCCAGGACCUGACAGCUUCAAGAAAUUCACCCCGGAGUCGCUCGCUAACAUCGAAAGACGCAUCAAUGAAGAGAAGAACAAGAAACCCACCAAGCCCAGAUCAGACAGUAGUCAUCGCGACACAUCUGACGACAAUGAGCCGAAGCCCAACAGUGACUUGGAGGCGGGGAAGAGCUUGCCGUUCAUCUACGGGGAUAUUCCUGAAGGAAUGGCGGCCACACCGCUGGAGGACCUGGAUCCAUACUAUCUCAACAAGAAAACAUUUAUAGUGCUAAAUAAAGGGAAAACAAUCUUCCGCUUCAGUGCCACGCCCUCCUUGUACAUCAUUAGCCCUUUUAAUUUACUUAGACGAAUAGCUAUUAAGAUUUUGAUACACUCAUUAUUCAGCAUGAUCAUCAUGUGCACUAUUUUGACCAACUGUAUAUUCAUGACAUUCAGUGACCCGCCAGAGUGGUCCAAACAAGUAGAGUACACCUUCACAGGUAUCUACACGUUUGAGUCACUGACAAAAAUUGUGGCGAGAGGAUUUGCAAUAGAUGGAUUCACUUUUCUACGUGACCCUUGGAACUGGCUGGAUUUCAUGGUCAUCUCGAUGGCAUAUAUAACAGAGUUUGUGGACCUUGGGAAUGUCUCGGCGCUGAGAACGUUCAGGGUUCUCCGAGCAUUGAAAACUAUUUCUGUCAUUCCAGGCCUGAAGACCAUCGUGGGCGCUCUGAUCCAGUCGGUGAAGAAGCUGUCGGAUGUGAUGAUCCUGACUGUCUUCUGUCUCAGCGUCUUCGCCCUGAUCGGGCUGCAGCUCUUCAUGGGGAACCUGAGGAACAAGUGUGUGUUCUGGCCCAUUAACCUGAAUCAAUAUGUGGUGAAUGGGACCCAAACAUUUGACUUUGAAGAGUACAUAAUGAACGACACAAACUUUUACUUUUAUCCUGGACAAGUGGAUGCUCUUCUGUGUGGAAACAGUUCUGAUUCCGGACGAUGUCCUGAAGGGUUCACGUGUAUGAAAGCUGGAAGGAACCCCAACUAUGGAUACACCAGCUUUGACAGCUUCGGCUGGGCCUUUCUCACCCUCUUUCGCCUCAUGACGCAAGACUUUUGGGAGAAUCUCUACAUGCUGACGCUCCGAGCUGCAGGCAAGACGUACAUGAUCUUCUUUGUGCUGGUGAUCUUCGUCGGCUCCUUCUAUCUGGUCAAUCUGAUCCUGGCUGUGGUGGCCAUGGCCUAUGAGGAGCAGAACCAGGCCACCAUUGAAGAAGCGGAGCAGAAAGAGGCCGAAUUCAAAGCCAUGUUGGAACAGCUGAAAAGGCAGCAGGAAGAGACCCAGGCGGCAGUCAUGGCAACAUCUGUGGGCACGGUGUCAUUGGAGGACGAGGGCGGGGGUCACCUCUCGCGGAGCUCCUCUGAGGUUUCCAAACUCAGUUCCAAGAGCGCUAAAGAGCGACGCAAUCGUAAGAAGAAGUGGCGUCAGAAAGAGCAUGAGAAGGAGAAAGGGGACAGUGAGAAGGUGGUCAAGUCUGAGUCAGACGACGGCAGCAAAAAGAGCACCAUCCGUUUCCCAGGAACUCGGCUGGGGAGAAAGACAUCCAUCAUGAACCAGUCGCUCCUCAGCAUCCCCGGCUCACCCAUGAUGUCCCGUCACAACAGCCGCAGCAGCAUCUUCAGCUUUAAAGGUCGUUCAAAGGACAUGGGCUCGGAGAACGAGUUUGCGGAUGACGAACACAGCACGGUGGAGGAGAGUGAAGAUCGACGAGGAUCCUUGUUUAUCCCAUACAGACGCAACAGCUACAGCGGCUACAGCCAAGGCUCCUCACGCAUCCACCCCCUAGCACCUCACUCUGGAGGGAAGAGGAACAGCACGGUGGACUGCAAUGGAGUGGUGUCGCUCAUCGGGCCAGGGCAUGGCAGACGGCUACUGCCUGAGGUGAAAAUAGAUAAAGCAGCCACUGAUGACAGUACGACAGACGUGGAGAUUCGGAAGAAGCAUUCUGGGUCACUCAUGGUGUCUGUGGACCAGCUGAACUCCUCCUUCAAAGGAAAAGACAGAGCCAACAGCCAGAUGAGUGUCGUCACCAACACACUGAUCGAAGAGUUGGAGGACUCGCAGAAGAAGUGUCCUCCCUGCUGGAACAAGUUCUCCAACACCUUCCUGAUCUGGGAGUGCUGUCCUCUGUGGCUGAAGAUCAAACACAUUGUCCACCUGAUCGUCAUGGACCCAUUUGUGGACUUGGCCAUCACCAUCUGCAUCGUCCUCAACACUCUCUUCAUGGCCAUGGAGCACUAUCCCAUGACGGAACACUUUGAAGGAGUUCUGGCAGUGGGGAACCAGGUUUUCACUGCCAUAUUUGCCGGGGAAAUGUUCGCCAAGCUCAUCGCCAUGGAUCCAUAUUACUAUUUUCAGGAAGGCUGGAACUGUUUUGAUGGUUUCAUCGUGACACUGAGUUUAGUGGAGCUGGGGCUGUCUGACGUGGAAGGUCUGUCCAUGCUGAGGUCAUUCCGUUUGCUGCGAGUCUUCAAACUGGCCAAGUCAUGGCCGACCCUCAACAUGCUGAUCAAAAUCAUCGGUAACUCGGUGGGAGCACUUGGUAAUCUGACCCUGGUGCUGGCCAUUAUCGUCUUCAUCUUCGCCGUGGUGGGUAUGCAGCUGUUCGGCAAGAGCUACAAGGACUGUGUGUGUAAGAUCGCGGAAGACUGCAAGCUUCCUCGCUGGCACAUGCACGACUUCUUCCACUCCUUCCUGAUUGUGUUCCGAGUCUUGUGUGGGGAAUGGAUCGAGACCAUGUGGGACUGUAUGGAGGUGGCAGGGCAGACCAUGUGUCUCACCGUCUUCAUGAUGGUGAUGGUGAUCGGGAACUUGGUGGUGCUGAAUCUCUUCCUGGCCUUGCUGCUGAGCUCGUUCAGUGCCGAUAACCUUGCGGCAACAGAUGACGACGGAGAACCCAACAACCUUCUGCUGGCCGUCAACCGCAUCAAGGCAGGAAUCGCCUGGAUCAAGUCGCAUGUGCGGCUACUUGUUAAUACAAUCCUCAGAAAGUCGAUUGAAGACGAGCAAAAGCCUCUGGAUGAUUUGUACGAGAAGAAGCUCAAUUGUAUCGCCAACCACACAGUGGACAUCAAUCGUGAACUGGACUAUGCUAAAAAUGGCAACGGCACGACCAGCGGCAUCGGCAGCAGUGUGGGAAAGUACAUGAUUGAUGAAGACUACAUGUCCUUCAUCCACAACCCCAACCUCACCGUCUGUGUUCCCAUCGCUGUUGGAGAGUCCGACUUUGAAAACCUCAACACAGAGGACUUCAGCAGUGAGUCUGAUGUGGAGAACAGCAAAGAUCUGGACGACACUAGUUCAUCUGAGGGCAGCACCAUUGACAUCAAGCCUGACGUGGAGGAGGUGGCAGUGGUGGACGUGGUCGAGGAGUAUAUUGACCCAGAAGCUUGCUGGACAGACGAGUGUGUGGCGAAGUACAAGUGCUGUGACGUUCCCAUCACCCAUGGCUGGGGCAAGCACUGGUGGUUCCUGAGGAAGACCUGCUACCUGAUAGUGGAACACAACUGGUUUGAAACACUCAUCAUCUUCAUGAUUUUGCUCAGCAGCGGAGCUCUGGCCUUUGAGGAUGUCUACAUCGAGCAGAGGAAGGUCAUCAAGAUCAUUCUGGAAUAUGCUGAUCGGGUCUUCACCUACAUCUUCAUCCUCGAGAUGCUGCUAAAGUGGGUGGCUUAUGGAUUUGUCAAGUACUUCACCAACGCCUGGUGCUGGCUGGACUUCUUCAUCGUGGAUGUGUCUAUAGUCAGCCUUAUAGCUAAUGCUUUGGGCUACUCCGAUCUAGGCCCGAUUAAAUCUCUCAGGACACUCAGGGCCUUGAGACCCCUCAGAGCCCUGUCACGGUUUGAGGGGAUGAGGGUUGUGGUCAACGCGCUGGUGGGCGCGAUCCCCUCCAUCAUGAAUGUGCUGCUGGUGUGUCUCAUCUUCUGGCUGAUCUUCAGCAUCAUGGGGGUCAACCUUUUUGCUGGAAAGUACUAUUACUGCUACAACGACACCGCUGAAGAGAUGUUCCACCCUGACGACGUCAACAACAAGACAGAGUGUUUCGCAUACAUCAAUGCAAAUUAUUCUGAGGUCCGAUGGAAAAAUGUCAAGAUCAAUUUCGAUAAUGUGGGCGCCGGAUACCUGGCACUGCUGCAAGUGGCAACAUUUAAAGGCUGGAUGGACAUCAUGUAUGCAGCUAUAGACUCCAGAAAAGUGGAAGACCAGCCGCUCUACGAGGACAACUUGUACAUGUAUAUCUACUUUGUCAUCUUCAUCAUCUUUGGCUCCUUUUUCACCCUGAACCUCUUCAUCGGUGUGAUCAUUGAUAACUUCAACCAGCAAAAGAAAAAGUUUGGGGGUCAGGAUAUUUUCAUGACAGAAGAGCAAAAGAAAUACUACAAUGCCAUGAAGAAACUUGGCUCCAAGAAACCACAGAAGCCGAUUCCUAGACCUCAGAACAAGAUCCAAGGAAUGGUCUUUGACUUCGUCACCCAGCAGGUGUUUGACAUCUCCAUCAUGAUCCUCAUCUGCCUCAACAUGGUCACCAUGAUGGUGGAGACGGACGACCAGUCGAAGGAAACAGAGGACGUGCUUUAUUGGGUCAACUUCAUCUUCAUCGUGGUCUUCACAGGAGAGUUUUUGUUGAAGCUAUUUGCACUGCGUCAUUACUACUUCACCAAUGGCUGGAACAUCUUUGAUGUGGUGGUGGUCAUCCUGUCAAUUGUAGGAAUGUUCCUGGCUGAUCUGAUUGAGAAGUACUUUGUGUCGCCGACCUUGUUCAGGGUGAUCCGUUUGGCUCGUAUUGGCAGAAUCCUGCGGCUCAUCAAGGGAGCCAAGGGAAUCAGAACUCUGCUGUUUGCCCUGAUGAUGUCACUCCCGGCUUUGUUCAACAUCGGACUGCUGCUGUUCCUGGUCAUGUUCAUUUUCUCAAUCUUCGGCAUGUCCAACUUUGGCUAUGUCAAACACGGAGCCGGGAUCGACGACAUGUACAACUUUGAGACCUUUGGCAACAGCAUGAUCAUCUUGUUCAUGAUCACCACCUCCGCCGGCUGGGACGGCCUGCUGCUGCCUAUCCUGAACUACCCUCCAGACUGUAACCCGCUGUUGGAGAAUGCUGGCACCCCAGCCACAGGAAACUGUGGCAAUCCUUCUGUGGGCAUAUUCUUCUUUGUGAUGUACAUCAUCAUUUCUUUUCUGAUCGUGGUCAACAUGUACAUCGCCAUUAUCUUAGAGAACUUCAGCGUGGCCACCGAGGAGAGCGCUGACCCACUCAGUGAGGACGACUUUGAGACCUUCUAUGAGAUAUGGGAGAAGUUCGACCCAGAUGCCUCUCAGUUCAUAACAUAUGCCAAGCUCUCAGACUUUGCUGACGCACUUGAACACCCACUCCGGGUCCCCAAGCCUAACACUAUCGAACUGAUCGCCAUGGACAUGCCCAUGGUGAGUGGAGAUCGCAUCCACUGUCUGGACAUUCUGUUUGCUUUCACCAAGCGGGUGCUGGGUGACAGCGGCGAGCUGGACAUGUUGAGGCAACAGAUGGAGGAGCGGUUCGUGGCGGCAAAUCCCUCCAAGGUCUCCUACGAGCCGAUAACCACCACCCUCCGGCGCAAGCAAGAGGACGUGUCCUCCAGAAUCAUCCAAAGAGCCUACCGCUCCCACCUUGCCCGGCGGGGUUUCGUAUGCAAGCGCAAACCAGCCAACAACAAAGUAGAAAACGGCGGAAACAAUCAGGAGCAAGAAAAAGAGGGAACUCCAUCAACUGCCUCUCUUCCCUCUUAUGACAGUGUUACCAAACCUGACCACGAAAAAGAAGAGGACAGCGACGGCAGAGGAGGAAGGAAAGAGAAGGGAAGAAACCAAAAAGACAUCAGGGAAUCCAAAUGCUAGAGCCUUGGAUUAAUUACCACCAUAGUAACAAUUAUAGAAAUGUAGUAAUGUGGACACUCACACGCAACAGAUGUACAGAUUCUUUCGUUUGCAACUCUGUAACGGUAAUUUUGUUUACAGACUUCAUUCAGUGAAGCGGCUCUGUCUCCUACAGCUUAAAGGAUGGUGUGUCCAAAAACACUCAUAUUCAGCGAGGCGUGUUGGAUCUUAUCUUGGCUGAGGCAAACGAAAACAGAAGAGCCAAUGUCAGUGUUUGACCACUGGCUGACACAACACGACACACUGAAAUCACACUGGCAAGCAAAUUAAAGAUUCCUAUGGAAGACGGUUUUAGAGAGAGAAUUGAUUGAUGAGACAGAAGAGGCGCCCACUAGUGGCGCUGACAGAGGAGCAAAGCGACAAACUCUGUAGGAGCUGGAGCGACCAAGGAGUCACCGUCUCAAACAACGCAGAGCAUUCAGAGUUUUGUCGAAAUAAUCUUAAAAAAUCUUCAUUUGGGCAGCAAAACUACAGAGAAAAAAAGGAACAAUAUGUAACAUUUUACCCACGCCACCGUCUCUUCUUCCCAUUUUAACUUUGUUAUACCCACGUCAAAGUUUUUUUACACCAAUUGGUUAUGGGUCUGUUUAUAAUAUGGGGUCAAUUUGGGCCAAGGGCUUACAUGUACUCAGAAAGAUUUCCAGACAAAUACAUAAACAAUUGUGCUUGUUCAAUGCAUAGAAAUGACUUGCAUGAUGGCAUGUUUUGAUCAGAAUCUUGCAUGAAUUAUCAUAGUCCACAAGACACUAAUACUCGGACCACAUCAACGGUUAAACAGGGAGACUGAGCUCCCGAACUGAAGGUUUUCGUGUUCAAAGUGCUGGAGCAGAUUACCCUCAAUGUUUUGGGGUCAUGAAUCAUCACAUGUCAAGUUUCAAAACCGUUGCCUCUACUGGCUGAUGGAUGGAAACGUUGGUCAGUUUACCACUAACGGUGGAGUCCACAAUCUUCUGCUUCUCGUAAAAUUCUAAAAACGGUGUCAUGUGUGUUCCAAGAGAUGUAACAUGUAUCGUCUGGUGGGAAAACAAACUGUAUUUUUAUGAUUUAAAUGCGUCAUUGAAAUGUUGAUAUCAUUUGCUGUGAGACGCGCGCGCGAGCGGGCAUUAUUUGGAGUCCAGCGUGGAAUGUUUCUCUGAAGGUGGUCGGGAAGAGUUUUGAUGUAUUUACUAGCAUGUUUCUCUCUUCUCUUCAUGUAAGUUUAGCUGGCGAUUUGUGUUCCUUUCAUGAGCUAUUCAAGCCAUCUCCUGCUUUGAUUCAGAGCGAGGUGAUAGAGACGGAAGGCGAGGAGAGAGAGAACACAUGUGGGAUGAUGUGGAUGCAAACUCUCCUCAGCUGUGAAGAGAAAUCAAUGGAUGGAUGUUAAGAACAAUGUUCUGCGGAGAAGCCAAAGAGAUCUGCCUUGUUCUAUCCCACGAUGCCCUUUGUCGUAGAGUGGGUGGGGGUGAUGGAGAUUGCCUUGCCCAUUCUGUUUUGUCGCUGUCACGUCUCCGCCGAGAGACCCUAGUAUGCAAUGCUUGAAAAUUCAUCCCUUUUUCUCAGGAGACACUAUAGAUGUACUAUGAGCUCUGCAACAAAAUGCAAGUGAAUGUGACAGGUGUAUUACUGAAAUUAUGUUUUACAAUUUUUGUGUUUCAUGCAUCAUGUUGAUGGACUAUGAUCUCGGCUGGCAGCCGCCCGGUCAGGAGCUUCCUGCUUAUUAUGCUUAGAAUUAUAGGGCUAGACGCAUCUCAGUGACACAGCAACGUUUGGUUUGCUUGUUAACGCGCUCUUUAUAUUGAUAGACAUUUGUGGUUAAGUCAUCAUGGAAUGUUGUCCGGUCUCAAUUACUUCCACUAAACACACGAAUACUGUACACCGCAACAGCAACCACAGAUCCAGGAAACACUGUGAGGAGGAGUCGCGAGAGACAGCUGGGAUUUACAGCGGCACAUUGAGCGAGUGGCCCCGGAGUUCACCGCUGAGCUGCUCUGUGGCCAGUCCUCAUCGUUCUUGACGCAGAGAGAUGCAUUAUGAAGGCACUGUGAGUGUCAGCGCCGCUUCAUGCACUUUGCCGUGAUGUCACAACCCCUCAUGUGUUCACAACUGAUACAAUGCAGGUGCUGCAUGAGAUCUCCAAAAUCAGUGGGUGUUAACUUGAACCAAAUAAAUCUCUGACAAGCAUUGAAGCUAGUGCCGCCCAUUUCCUCCAAGGUCACCGUCAACUAAAACCAUACCUACACAUCUGAAGCGAUCAACAUCCAUUUGGUUUAAAAAUAAAGAAAAAAAAAAGGUUUCAGCUAUGUUCUUCACGGCACAAAAUGUAAGAAUGGACUUUUUAAGAACCUAUAGAUGAUGUAAUAUAUUUUAUUUAAACGGCAUGUGUAGUUUUUUUUUGUAAAUACGGGGUUACCUUAAGAAAAAAAACUACAGCUAUUAAUCUAACACAAAGUAUGAUUAACCAUAACUAGAAUGGCUUCCAGCUGACACUGCUGUCACUCUUGUUAGACUGACACGUUUUGUUAGACGGAGUAGAGUCACUUUUUACAUAAAAACAGGGGAGUACACUAAAGAAUAUGUAUUAAAUUGUAUUUAAGACUGUACAAACCAACAUAUGCAGAGUUAUGUAACAUAUAUUAUAUAUAUAUUCCUCCAAUUAAUAUAUGUAUAGUAUAUAUAUAUAUAUAUAUACAUCUGUGUCGCUCCACCCCUGAGGUGAAUCCAGAACCACAGGGUUAAACUGAUCAUGCUUCUGUCUUCGUGCCGUGUGUUCAGACGAAUCAGAACUCUGGCGCCCCCUGGACUUGUGCACACUGGGCACCUGCAUGGUGGCUGCUUGCUGAGAAUUGUGGAGCCUGAGAGGAUUGCACUACCAGCAUACCCUUUUGUACAUGUGCGACGAUGUCUUGACCCUCCUUUCCUAUAUUGUACACUCGGAGACAAACUCACAGCCUUUUGCAGGCGACUCAUUUUCCAGCGCUAACUUCUAACCAUGUUUCCUUUGUAACACACUGCUGCAGUUUUGUGUUUUCAGUGUGCUGUCACCUUCCAUACUAUAUAUAUAUAUAUAUCCAGUGGUUACGUUGUCUGCAGGUCUGUGUGUCACUCACCAAUCCAAUAUUCCUCUGAAAAUCAUCGGUCACUUCAACUGAACAACUUGAAUUGCAGUUGUGUCUGUUUUGACUGUACGCGCUCUCAAUGAGCGAAUGCCAGGAUGAUCUUCGAUCGUAUCGGAUUACAUUUCGUUGGGAUGCUAUGAUUGUAAAGCAAUGAUGUAGGAGUGAAGGCGGGUUGUGAGUUGCCAUCAUUGGCAGUAGAUGAAGUCACAAGGCGUCACGAAAAGCAGCUCACUUGUUGCGCCAUGAUGCACCAGUCUUCUUUUUUUUUUUCUAUUGGAAUCUUGAACUGAAUGUUGGAUGAGCGACUUGACACAUGGACCUGCUAGCAGUCUGUGUGUUUGUUUAUGGUGCAAUAUCUCUAAACGGCACGUGCCUUUUUAGCUUUCUAAGUCUGUCAGUAAAUUCAGCAAUGAGGACCUCAACAUCCGUGGGAGUGAACCCCCCAAAAAGGAGCACGAUUGUAACCAUGAGUGAAAAUGAACUCGCCGCCACGAUUCGACGGAGUGGGCUAACAUCUGGUAGAGGCACGUGUAGUGCAAGUGCUCUCUCUGUGUUCUGUUUACUAGCUGCUGCGCUGGUAAGAGGACAGCUUGCCUUCUGUUUUACAACCUGUUUAUUUACCACCGUCGGUAUACGAGGCCAUUUUUUGUAGCAUGACUGAGAUCUAUUUUUCUUUUCCUUUGCUGACAACAGACUGACAAGAGAAAAAAAAAAUAAAGACAAACCUUUUUAGUGUCAUUAUCUGUUGCCACUAAUGCAGUCAGAGAGAGGAUGUGUGUUGCACAACCACAUGAGACAAUUCAGUGAGAAACCGUGAAAGAAUGUCUUCAUUUGAGCACGAAUCUAUUUCCAAACAAUAAAGCAGCC